AUCAAUAUCUACGAAGUGCAUAUUUCUCUCUUCAAAGUAACUAAAGUUUCGGCCAAAAUGGCUGGACAAUCAUCGUCUCAAACCCAAACAGAAACACUUUCCGAAAAAGAUAUCAUCGAUGGGGCUCAGCUAGUUUUAAGCCCUUCUCUACAUCUGUCGAAGAAACAUCACCACUUUCUGGCAUCAGAGUCUUAGAUCUGACGCGUAUUCUGGCUGGACCAUAUUGUACGAUGAUCUUAGGAGACUUGGGAGCUGAAAUUUUGAAGAUUGAGCGUCCGUUAGUGGGUGACGAGACGCGUAAGUGGGGCCCACCCUUUUUUCAAGGCACGAAAGAAUCGACAUACUUCGCCAGUGUAAAUCGCAACAAAAAAAGUCUUUGUAUCGAUAUAAAGAAAGGCAAGGACAUUAUCUAUGAUCUAGCAAAGAAGUCCGAUGUAUUCAUUGAGAACUAUAUCCCUGGCAAGCUAGCCGAAAUGGGCUUAGACUAUGAGUCUUUGAGCGAAGCUGCACCAGGUCUGAUCUAUUGUUCGAUAACUGGCUAUGGCUCUGAGGGUCCGUAUGCAACUCGCCCAGGCUACGAUGUGAUUGCAGCUUCCCUGGGUGGGCUUGUUAAUAUAACAGGUCCCAAAGACGGAGAGCCGUGCAAAGUAGGGGUCGCCGUUACUGAUAUGGCCACCGGUUUGUAUGCUCACGGAGCAAUAAUGGCUGCACUACUCCAAAGGUUCAAAACCAACAGAGGACAGUGGAUCCAAUGUAAUUUACUCUCUACGCAGGUUGCCAGCCUAGUUAAUAUUGCUUCUAAUUACUUGAACGCUGGUAAGGAAGCCUCAAGGUGGGGUACGGCACAUGAGAGUAUUGUACCUUAUGAAGCAUUCCCUACUAAGGAUGGAUUUAUUUCUGUGGGAGCCGGCAGUGACAUACAGUUUUUAGCCCUGUUAAAAAUGAUGAAUCUAACUAACUUGGAGAAAGAUCCCAAAUUCACAACGAAUAUCGAUCGAGUAAAACACAGGGUAGAACUUAUCAGCAUACUAAGAGAUAAGUUUAAGACUAAAACCAGUGAUGAAUGGUCUGAAAUUUUUCGAGAUGCUCCCUUUCCAAAUGGACGUAUCAAUAGCAUCGGCCAGGUCUUUGACGACCCACACAUUAAGCACAUAAAGUUGGUCAAAGAAAUGACCCAUCCAAGCAUAGGAAAGGAUGUACCAACUAUGAGAUUAUGUUUACGCAAGCCGAAAUCUAGUAAAAAAGUUCAGUGGACCCAAGGAACUGUCGAUAAUGAGCAUAUGAAUAAAAAGAAAUCUAAGUGCUGCUGUAUAUAUGAAAAACCAAAAGAAUUUGGAGAGAGUAGCUCAGAAGACAGCGAUGAUGAGUGCGAGCACUGUCAUGGACACAAAGAUAUUCAUCAUAAGAAUAACUCGAAUGGAAGUGAGGCACCUCAAGAAGCCAUACAGUCUCAACCAGAACCAAUUGCUACAGGAUCUACCUAAUUUGAAAGGGUUGAAACAUUUUUAUAAAUGUUGAUAAGCAACCCAAUGUUCUCUUCGCAUCUUAGAUUUGAGUUCAUUGUUUGGUCAACAAGAUUAUUCGAGACUUUGAAGAAUAUUUUGCCAGAUUUUUUAUACUGAGCUUAAAAGUCUUUUCACCUUUUUCCAAGCGAUGUAAACAUUCAGAGGAUAGAUCUGUCUCUUAAAAAUGUAGUCGUGUUUAUUGUGUAAUUCCAUGAACAUACUAGUAUAUGAAGAGAUUUUUCACACUUUAUUCAAAUAAUAAACAAUCAGAGGUGCAACACAGUAAAUAUGUCGAAAUCAAAAUUAUAAACUGAGUUCUGAGUUCUAAUUGCGGAUUUUUAAACUAUAUACUUUCUGAACAGCUCAUAGAAAACUGUUGUGCUGUUUAAAAUUUGUAGUUGCUAUGUACUUGACGUACAGGUAAUUGCAGUAUGUGUAUAAAUCCUUGUGAUUUAAUAGUUACAACAAUGCGUCUUGACUCACAAAAAAUUUGGAGGUGAAACAAAAACCAAGUUCUCCUUUGAAAUUUAUAAAUAUUCAUGGAUAGUCGAAUCACAUACCGUAGUGGAACUUCGUGUUAUAAAUCUAUAUCCAUAUGUCCUUUUAACUGAUGAAAUGAUCGUGAGGGAAGGGAAUACAAAUCUCCCGUAACUGAUAGUUUUACUUAGGUCGUAACGUUUUCAAUCUCUCAAUCGUAGUAUACAUGAUCUUGCGUGUUGCUCAAUAUUUGUUGGAUAUUGUGUGUUGCAUAUGAAAUGAAUAUUAUCAGCAAUUCUUGAAUGAAAUUGAGAUCAUUUGUUUAAUUCAUUUCGAAAUCUUAAUCUUUAAUAUUUUCUUUUACAAAUUGUUAUUUAUACUUGGCAGUAAAUGUUUUCAUUCAUGAAUUAAAUUACAAGGGAAACUUUUUGAUGUAUAAAACUUGUCGUUAUGUUUUGUAAAAAUUGUUACUAUACUCAAGCCAAAUAAUGGCGCACAUUAGAUUUAUGUUCGAAUUUGCAUAAUCGAGAGCUCGUAUAAUAUAAAAUGUUGAGUUAAGUAAAUUACUACGCAAUACAACAAGUACGAAAGAAGUAUGUUUAGAUCAAGCACAAUAAGUCCGACGUUAAAAUUGAGUAUUUGAAUUGUGUUUGUUUGUUGAAAUAAUUUGAAUCAAAUUUAAUUUACAGCGUUAGAAAAGAAUAUAUAUUUUCACACAAGGAAAAUUAUUUUUAAGAGAUGUUGAGUUCACAAUGAAUCAUCUUUUUUUCCUGUAAUUCAGUGUCUUAAAAGGUAGCUUAAACUUUGCUUCUGAAAAUAUUCAUCUUAUCAGCAUUCCAUGUAUAUUUGAUGUACAAAGGUGUUUACGGUUCACUGUAUCAUACAUGUAAUG